AUGGCUCUUCCUAGUGUUAAGCGCGCUCAUCCAGUGUUAUCAUCUAUUUAUAAUAAUGUGAGAUUCUUCAACAGCAAGGAGAUGGCCUAUUCUGAAAAACGAUUAAUUGGGUUCAGCCGCGAGCAGAUGUAUGAUGUUGUCUCGAAUGUCUCUGAGUACAACCAAUUUGUUCCAUGGUGUCGUAAGUCAAUCGUUCACCACGAGCACUCUAAUUCACAACUAGCUGAGUUGGAAAUAGGGUUUCCUCCCCUCGUUGAGAGUUAUACUAGUCGAGUUAUCCAUGUGAGACCAGCGGUUGUACAUUCGGUUUGCGUUGAUCACAAAUUGUUCAAAACGUUAGACACCACUUUCCGAUUUGGGUCUGGUAAAAGUGAUAAUCCGAACACCUGUACACUACAUUACGAUCUGACGUUCGAGUUUCAGUCCUCUCUUCAUUCAAGGAUAGCUCACCUUUUUUUCGAUCAAGUAGUUAAAACGAUGGUGACUGCUUUCUUGUCCAGAGCUGAGACCAAGUACGGAGAACCUUCAAUUAAUCAUUCUGCUCCCAAAGUCCUUCAGUACAAGUCGUAA